AUGAGACUUGAGCUAGAAGCUUGGGAACUCGAUAAAGAUUCAGGUGUCGAGGGACGGCUAGUAGCUGAAGAAUUUAUAAGACUCGAGCUAGAAGCUUGGGAACUUGACGAAGAUUCAGGUCUCGAUGGAUGGCUGGUAGAUGAAGAGCUUAUAAUGAGACUCGAGCUAGAAGCUUGGGAACUUGACGAAGAUUCAGGUCUCGAGGGAUGGCUGGUAGUUGAAGAGCUCAUGAUGAGACUCGAGCUAGAAGCUUGGGAACUUGACGAAGAUUCAGGUCUCGAGGGAUGGCUGGUAGAUGAAGAGCUUAUGAUGAGACUCGAGCUAGAAGCUUGGGAACUUGACGAAGAUUCAGGUCUCGAGGGAUGGCUGGUAGUUGAAGAGCUCAUGAUAAGACUCGAGCUAGAAGCUUGGGAACUUGACGAAGAUUCAGGUCUCGAGGGAUGGCUGGUAGAUGAAGAGCUCAUAAUGAGACUCGAGCUAGAAGCUUGGGAACUUGACGAAGAUUCAGGUCUCGAGGGAUGGCUGGUAGUUGAAGAGCUCAUGACGAGACUUGAGCUAGAAGCUUGGGAACUUGAUGCAGUUGCAUGUCUCGAGAUAGACGUACUGCUAGAGCUAGGACCUGGAGGUAGCCUCGUAGAAGUAUACGUGGAGCUGGUAGCUCGGGAGCUCGAGGUGUAUGUUGGUCUCGAGAAAGAUGUACUGCGAGAGCUAGCAGCCUGGGAACUCGAGUUAGAUCCCGGCCUUGAAGUCGAUGUAGCUGUCGAGCUAGUAGCUGGAGGACUGUGUGAUGGUCGUGUAGAGCCAGACGUGGAGUCGGUAACUCGGCGGCUCGAAGUGGACGUUGGUCUCGAGAUAGGUGUAACGCGAGAACUAGUAGCCUCGGAACUUGACGUAGAUCCGGGUCUUGGAAUUGAUGUGCUUCUUGAGCCAGUAGCCGAAGGGCUAGGUGAUGGUAUUGAAAAAGCAGACGUGGAACUGGAAGCCCGGAAACUCGACGAUGCUGGUCUCGAGGCGGAUGUACUUUUGCUGGAAGAAUGGGAACUAGAGGUGGAUGCCGGUCUUGAUAUUGAAGUACUUCUGGACAUGGAUGCCGGAGGGCUGGAUGUUGGUCUCGAGGCGGAUGAUGUGGUGCUGCUAGAAAAAUGGGAACUAGAAGUGGAUGCUGGUCUUGACAUUGAUGUACUUAUGGACACGGAAGCUGGAGGGCUGGAUAUUGGUCUCGAGGUAGAGGUACUUCUGGAGCUCGUAGCUUGGGAGCCUGAGAUGGAUGCUGGUCUUAAUAUCGAGGUACUUCUGGACACGGAAGCUGGAGGGCUGGAUGUUGGUCCCGAGGUAGAGGUCCUUCUGGAGCUAGUAGUAGCUUGGGAACUCGAGGUGGGGGCUGAUCUUGAGCCUGAUCCACUGCUGCUGAUUACUUGGGAUUUCGAGGUAGAUGCUGAUCUCGAGACAGAUGUAUGCGUGGAGCUAGUGGCUGAAGAACUCGAGCCUGGUCUAGAACUAGAGGCUGAUCUCGAGACAGCGACGUGA